UGUAUGGAAGUCAAAAAUCAAAAUGGCAGCUCUGUUUGGACACGGAAAUCCUUUGAGUACUCCUGUCGGACAGUUAAUCGAAAAAGCUAGUGAUGGCUCCCAGGCAUCCGAAAACUGGACUCUAUUCCUGGACGCCUGUGAUAUCAUCAAUGAAACAGAUGAGGGACCAAAAGAUGCAAUACGUGCCAUAAAGAAAAAGCUGCAACAAAAUGCUGGCAAGAAUUACGCAGCUGUUAUGUACACUCUAAUUUUACUGGAAACCUGUGUAAAAAACUGUGGUAAAAGAUUUCACCUCCAAGUGGCAAAUAAAGAGUUUCUUCACGAGUUAAUUAAAAUAAUUGGACCAAAGAAUGACCCUCCUCCGGUUGUGCAAGAAAAGGUAUUAAGUCUUAUACAGACUUGGGCAGAUGCCUUCCAUGGUUCAGCAGAGCUGAAAGAGGUGGAGAAAGUGUACCAGGACUUGAAAGGAAAAGGCAUUGAAUUUCCUAUGACUGAUUUAGAUAAAUUGGCACCUAUUCAUACACCUGCCAGAACAACUCCUGUAUCAGAACAAGCCCCAACCCUUAGCAGAAGUAGAGGAAUGUCUACAGAAGCUCCUACAAAUACACCACCACAGCAGCAACAACAACAACAGCAACAACAGGUUCCUGUUACCAUGUCUAGCGGGUCCAUUAUCCCAACAAAUGAACAGUUGGACAAACUGAAGAGUGAACUUGAUGUAGUCCAAGGAAAUGUCCGUGUGAUGGGGGAAAUGUUGACAGAGCUCAGCCCUUACAAUGUAGACUCCUCAGAUCUUGAGCUUUUGCAAGAACUGAACCGAACUUGUCGUCAAAUGCAACAGCGACUUGUAGACUUACUUGACCAAGUUGCCAAUGAGGAAGUCACAAGUGAAUUAUUACGGGUGAAUGAUGACCUAAAUAAUGUAUUUCUCCGUUAUGAGAGAUUUGAACGGUUUCGAGCUGGACAGACAGGUUCACAGACCACUGAUGCAAGCAAUACUCCACCUGUAACACAAGACUCCUAUCUUCCACCAUCAUAUGAACAGGUUCAGGCAUCCAGUCAGUCUUCAAAUGUUGGCAACCUUAUUGAUUUAGGUGAAGAUGGUGCCCAGCAGACAGGACAGUCAGAUAUUCACACCCAGCUAGCAGGCAUGAGUUUGAAUUCUGGCAGCAUAAGCAGCACACUUGGACAAAUCAGCAGUACUACUGCCAUGAAUCGGUCUUCAACAGGCACACAGGAUACAGAAUUUGAUAUGUUUGCCCAAUCGAGACAAUCGUUUGAUCAGAGUAGAAAGAAUAUGGGAAAUUCUGCUUACAUCAAUCAACAAGAGGACCAAUUUCGGGGCAGUUUAGGACAAGCUGUAUCCAUGAAAUCUCAAGUGAAAAAUGGACAGUUGCCCACGAUGGGUGAUUCUUUUGAGCUGUCUGAUAAAGAAGAAGACUUGAAGGAGAUGGCACAGUGGUUAGCCAAUGAUGGACAAGGUACAGAAUCCAUAAGCAGUUCAGAGUUUGACAAAUUCCUUCAAGAGCGGGCAGCUGCUGCUGAUAAUUUACCAACAAUUUCUGCAAGUACUGCUGGUUCUACGUCACAGCCACCCAUUGUCAACCCUCGACGCCAGUUGCAGAAAGACGAUGAUGACAGUCCACUGUUUGCUCUAUGAGAACAAGCAACUGGCCUCUAUCUGUAACUACCGCUGUAUCCUGAUACCUGAAGACAUGAGGCACAGACAUUCUUUAUAUAUAUAUAUAUAUAUAUAUAUAUAUAUAUAUAUAUAUAUAUAUAUAUAUAUGUGUGUGUGUAUAUAUAUAUAUAUAUAUACACACACACACACACAUAUAUAUAUUAUAUAUCGCUGGAUGAUGGCUGUAAUAGUCAUACCAGGUUGAGGCUUCAUAUCUUUUUUUUUUAUAUAUAUAUCUAACAGAAUUCAGAACAGCCAUCUAAAAUGUACCAAAUUUUGGUGAGAGGGGGGAGGGGUAGGUGAAGAAAAAAAUACUUUCUCUGUGUGUACGUGUGUUAAGACUUCUUCUUCCGCUAAGCACACCUACACAUCCACAACCCAAAAUGUGCUUGCAUAGAAUAACAUCCUGACGUGAUGAUAGUCACAUUCUAAGACAAUAAGAAAAUUUCUAUCUUUAUGCACACACAUGUACAUACAUUCAAAUGUAAUGACAGUUACCUUUCUAAGACGAAAAAAAUUUGUCUUCAUGCACACACAUGUACAUAACAAGCACAUACACCUGCUCCUGUUUUUUCUUUCUCUUUUUUUUUUUUACAUACAUAUUUCUCUCUCUUCCCUUCUCUCACCACAUAUACACACACACACACACACACUUAUGCAGGUAGAUCAACACAUAACAGCUAACAUCACUUGUUCUUACAAUGAUUUUAUUCAAAAUGUUAUUAUGAUUAUUAUUAUUAUUAUUAUUAUUAUUAUUAUUAUUAUUAAGACGGUGAGCUGGCAGAAAUGUUAGCAUGGCAGACAAAAUGCUCAGCAACAUUUUGUCCGUCUUUACAUUCUAGGUUCAAAUUCUGUCAAGGUUAACUUUGCCAUUCAUCCUUUCAGGGUUAAUAAAAUAAAGUACCAGCCAAAUACUGAUGUCAACAGAAUUGACUAAACUCAGGUCCCCUCAAAAUUGCAGGCCUUCUGCCUAAAUAAAAAAAAAACUGUUAUUAUUAUUAUUAUUAAGACAGCAAGCUGGCAGAAUCAUUAGCAUGCUGGACAAAAUGCUUAGCAGCUUUACCUUCUGAGUUCAAAUUCCACCAAGGUUGACUUUGCCUUUCAUUCUUUCAGGGUCGAUAUAAUCGGCUAACCCUCUCCCACUCCCCAAAAUUAAGACCUUGUGCUUAUAUUAGAAAGGGUUAUUAUUAUUGCAGUGGAGUAACAGAAGCAGUAGAGUACUAGACUAAAUUCGUUGAGGUAUUUAUUUUUUCCCUUUACCCCCGUAGUUUAAUUCGAUGAAAUACAUACCAGUAAUUAUAUACUUUAAGUCAAUCCAUUUAACUGUAAUACUCACUAUUUACAAAUUUCGGGUCUUGUGCCAUUGAAAGCUAUCAUAUUUCUCUUCACUUCCUAAUAACUUUAUUACCUCCCCUUUCAUCCCUCUUUUCUGCACCAUUUGCAUUGCUGAAUGUCAACUGAAGGAUGAGAAGAAAAAGAGAGGCCAAUAUUAAUGAAACCAUCAUGUAAUCUCUGUUGAGCCUUGCCAGUGGAGAGUAAUGCAAUAAAAGAGAAAAAUAGAAUGCAAAAAAAAAUAAAAAAAAAUACUAUUGAGUCAAUAGUAAUUUAAACCUACUUACAAUCAAAGCAAAAUAAGCCUUUUUUAUUUUCAUUAUGCUCUACACUGAUCAGCUCUUAUUAUAAACCCUCUUUCUCUUUUAUUUAUUUAUUUUUUCAUAUUUUUCUCUUACCCAUUUCCUUCUCUUUGUCUGAUAUAAAUGAAGAAAGUGCGUAUCAGUUGUUUUGUUACAAACAAUAUUACCCAAUUACUCUUGACAGAUACAAGAUAAGGGAAGAUGUGUCAUAUUAUUAUUGUUAUUAAGAAUGGGGCGAGCUGACAGAAUUAUUAGCAGGUCAUGGUCAGGCAAAAUGCUUAGCAGCAUUUCGUCUGUCUUUACACUUUGAGUGCAAAUUUCAUCGAGGUCAAUUUUGCCUUUCCUCCUUUUGGGUCGAUGAAAUAGGUAACGGUUGCACAGUGGGGUUGAUGUAAUCAAUUAGCCUGCUCCCGUAAAAUUUCAAGCAGAAAGGCUUAUUAUUAUUACUGCCAGCUGGCAGAAUAGUUAGCACAUUGGGCAAAAUGUUUAGCAGCAUUUCUUCUGGUUUUAUAUUAUUAAUUCAAAUUCCACCACGGUCAGCUUUAACUUUCAUCCUUUCAGUGUUGAUAAAAUAAAUACCAGAUGAACAUUAGGGUUGAUAUAAUCAACUAGCCCUUCUCCCCCAAAAAAUUUCAGGCCUUCACCUUUAGUAGAAAGAAUUGUUAAUAUUAAGGCAGUUAGCAUGCCAGACAAAAUGUCUAGUGACAUUUCUUCUGGCUCUUUACAUUCUGAGUUCAAAUUCUGCUGAAGUCAGCUUUGUCAUUUAUCCUUUCAAGGUUGAUAAAAUAAGUACCAGUUGAGCACAGGAGAAGGGUAGGAGGCAGGUGGCAAUGUAAUUGAGCUAUUCCUGCCUCUAAAGCUACUGGCCUUGUACCAAAAUUUUAAACCAUCACUAUUAUUAUAUUAAACUGUUGGAUUGACCUUGCAGUUUUCUUCUCCACUAUGACAUUCUUAACAAUCUUUCUUCACUUUGGAUCCUUAUAUAUAUAUAUAAUAUAUGAAGUAAUGCCAUCAAUGGAUAAAUGAAACUUAUUGAUAAAAGUUCCAUGUUUAUUGAAGACAGGAAAAACGCCAGCUAACAACAUUGUUAUUUAAAUGUCUUAUUGAUUUAUUUUUAGAUUCUUUCUUUUAUCUACAUCUUUUAUUUAUUAUUGUUUAUUUGACAUAAAUAGAUUCCUGAAAUAUUAGAUUGAAAAUUAACAGCAGAAAUUAUUUGAAUAUCCACAAACAUCCAGUUCUAUUAGAAUUUUCUCUUUUUAUUUUACCCCACAAUCUUUCAUUUGCUUUCUUUUAUUUGUUUGUGUUGCUUGCUGUACUACAUUAUUUGCAGCAAGAAUCAAAACUAUUAACAGCCCUUUGUUAGUUCUUCAUUUGUAUUCCAACUUGAAGUUUUGUCUGGAGUCCAUCAAGAUCCUUUAUAUCACCCAGAUGUAGAACUAACAUAAUCUCUUUGGUUCCUUGUUAUGCUCUUAAAUACACUUAAAUCAUCACUUCUCCACUAACUCAGUUUUAUUGUUUCUUUCAAAAAGAUUGUUUAAAAAUAAAACCUUUUGUGACAGGAGAUACAAUAAAUGUUGCAUGAACUAAAAAAAUAACAUAUACACACAUGUGUAUAUAUAUGUGUGUGUGUGUAAAGAACAAGAAGAAAAAAAUGAGAUUUAUCAGGAAUGGUGAUUUAAUUAAUAUGCCUAAGACAAUAUUUAGCUUCCAUUUCGUAUCGUAAAGUUUAAUUUAUAUGUCAUUAGCGCUACUUCUAUAAAUAGUAUUUCACUUUUACAGAAUUAAUGAUAUAAAAAUGUACUUUUUCUUUUAAAUAAAAUAAAAUAAACCAAGAAAAAUACUCAAUAAUGAAAAGGGAAUUAUAAUUUUUUUAACUAUUAAUUUUGCCUUUAGGCAUGAUGUUUUUUUUUCUUUUUUUUGACAUUUACAAAAGGUUUAUAAAGUGAUGUAUAGGUUUUAUCCCUACACAUGUUUGAAAACUUAAUUAAUAUUUAACUAAUUUUUACUCUUAACAGUUAGUAUCUACAUCAUUAUGUAAGAGAAGUUAGAGCAUUCCAAGAAAUACCUUGCAGUAUUUCUUCCAGCUCUUUAUGUCCCGAGUUCAAAUUUUGUUGCUGCUUGUUUUGACUUUUGUGUUAGACAAAAUGCUAACUGGCAUUUCUUCUCAGUUUACAUUCUUUGUUCAAAUUUCACCCAGGUCAACUUAUCUUUUUAUCCUUUCAGGGUUGAUAAAAUAAGAACCAUCUGAGCCCUGGGGUCAAUGUAAUCAACUUACCCAUCCCACCAAAAUUUCAGGCCUUAUGCCUACAGUAGAAAGGAUUAUUUAUCAUCAUUAUUAUUAAAAUGUGGUGAGCUGUCCAGUUCUUUACAUUCUGAAUUCAAAUCCCACUUAAGUCAAUGUUGACUUUCACUCCUUCAGAGCCAUUAAAAUUAAGUAUCCCUCAAAUUCUAGGGUUGGUGAUAUUGACAAACCUAAAAAUUACUGGCUUUUUGCCUAAAUUAAACAGAUUCUUGUUAUCAUUUAUUAAAAUUUGUUGUGGCAGAAGAGAUGCAGUAUUAGAUUGAAUAUUUCACACUGUUUAUUGUCCCUUUGCAGUCUUGGAUCAGAUCCUACUGGUGUCAAUAAAAUAGCAGUCAAACACUAGUUAGGGACAUUCCUCUGCCACUGAUUUUGCACAAAACUUGCUUGAUGUAGGACAUUCUGGUGUUGAAACAAUUUUGUUUCUAUUCUUCAUAAUUGGUUUUAUUUAGUUGGACGUCAAGCACAGCAGAAAGUAGAGAAAUAUAAGGAUGCUUGUAAAUACUACAUGGAAAACUAAAUAGAAUUACAAUUUUUGAUAUAUUUUCCUUCCUAGCUUCACCCUGGCCACACUUUCAUCAGUAAUGUGAGUAGCCAUAUUGCUUUUCUACAGCAAGAAACAAGUUCUUUACAAGCCCAUUUUCUCACCCUCUAGCAAAAAAAAAAGUCACCUCCCUCUCUAGUGAAGCCACAGUUUGUCAAAGGAGAUCUUAAUCUUGCAGAUGUCACGGUGACCUCACUAGUGCUGUGCUAUGUAAAAAAAAAACCCACCUAAUUACAAAGUUGUUAGCAUUAGAUUCAGCAUCUGGCUGUAGAAACCAUGUCAAGGCAGACAUCGGAGCACAAUGCGGUCUUUGGAUCCGUCUUAUUCUGUUCUGACCGUCCACCCUGUAUCAACAUAGACAUUAAGUGAUGAUAAUGAACUUUUUCCUUUACCAGCAAAAAUAAUCUGCCGAAGCACGUUUGUAUCUUGUAAAGGGAAGUAACUCGAUAUUUAAUAUAUCUCAACGUCUCUCCCCUCCUCCUCUCUCUUUAUGUCUACCUUCAGUGCCAAAUGGUCUAUCACCAAAGCAGUUGUGCCAAAACUACACCCCGCCACCCCAUUCUGGUUUACACUGGCCUUGAUUCAAGUAAGUCUUAAUUUGUGUUUUGGUACCAUUAAUAUUUAAGCUGUUGGAGUUGAUGCAGCAGUACAUAAGAUAAAGAACAAGACCUAGACCUUAUAGUUGUUAGCUGCAUCACUGUUCUGUCUUCUAGUGCUGUUAAACAUUAACUUUGUUGUUGUUGGCACUCCGUCGCUUAAGACGUCGAGGGUUCCAGUUGAUCCGAUCAACGGAACAGCCUGCUCAUGAAAUUAACGUGCAAGUGGCUGAGCACUCCACAGACACAUGCAACAUUAACUUUACACUUCAUCCUUCUUGAGUGAUUUAGUCCAGUAUAACAUCAAGGCUAUUUAUAUCAGUUUUAUGUCUUUCCUUUAAGAAAUUGGUCCUGUCUCUAAAUAAAGUUCCUUUUUUUUAAGUAACUUUAAUUGCUUUAGAUAAUUCUAUUUGAAGUCUUUUCUAUUACAGAGACAGUGUGGUUAAGAAGUUUGCUUUUCAACCAUGUAAUUUCAGGUUCAGUCCCACUGUAUGAUACUUUAGGCUGACCAAUGUUUUGUGAGUGAAUUUGGUAGAUGAAAACUGUAGAAAGACCAUCAUAUACAUAUAUCCAUACAUGCCUAUAUAUGUGUGUAAGUAUGUACAUUCUGAAAAACUUUAGCUAGAUGCAGCAACAUUUGUUGUAAUUUUCCUUUAAACAAAUUAUCUUCUGAACUUUCAGAGACAUGUAGAAUAAGAUAUAUCUUUCUUGAAAAACAGGUAUGGGUUAGCAACAGGAAAGGCUCCAGUUGUAGGCCCAUAUCACAUGAUAAUAAGUAUGUAAAAUGACAGAACACCAGCAUUCUAGAAACCAACAUCACCUAAAAACGUAUAAAAUGAAACAAUGCAUUGAUAAUAUGUAUUUGUCUAGCCCAUGCUUGCCUGGAAAAUAAUUAAAACUGCAGUUUUUCAACAAGUGACUUGAAAAUAGUGAUACUAUCUGAGAUACAAAACCACAAAUUUAGGAAAUAAGUAACUGAGUAGGAUGACACUGCCAUACACACACACACACACACAUAUUCCCCCAAUACAUGAUUGGCAUUUUUAUCAACCAUGAAAGGAUGGAAAGCAAAGUUAAUUUUGAUGAGAUUUGAAUUUAGAAAGUAUUGUGAAAGCUCAACCUGGGAUGAAACUGUAUAUAAACUACUGUAUUCUAUUCAUAUAAGAGUGCUUCUUCUCUGAAUCUUACCCACCAACAGAUUAUAUAUGUAUAUAACAGAAUUUUAUAGUAUUACCAUAUUUCCUUACAGUAAAAUGUAAAUCGUCUAUUCAAAAUAAAUUACCUUAAACAGAAUCAAACUAGAAAAUGCAGUUGUUUAUUCUCUGCAAUAGAAACUAUUUCUAAAAAUCUAAGAAUGAAUGGAUCCUAGAUUAAUCAAAUAUCUUUUAAGCUUCAAUAUGAGUUGCAACUUUUUAACUAUGAAGUAAAAGGUUUUGUUUUGUUUUUUCUUUAGAUUAACAGAUUAGGAAGGUUGUAUGUCGUUUAUGUAGUCAUCAAUCUAUAUGCAUACACAGGAGUCAAAAUAUUUUCUAUACAGUAGAUAUUGAGUUAUCAGAUAAAUUCAUUUGUUUAAUCCUUUCCAAUGUUAUUAGAAUUAACACUUUUUUUUUUCAUUCUUCCUCUACAACUUUUAUGACUUUUGAAAUUGAAUAAAUAUCUCUUUUCAUGCAGAUGAUGAUGGAGUGCUGGGGAGUAAAAACACAAAUUUAUCUGACAAUUCAAAUGAUAAUAAUAAUAACAAUAGAUGUGUUAGUCACAGCAUCUGCAAUAUUUUUUAAAACUGAUUUCCUUCUUUUUCUAAAAGCAAUAUAUUUCUUUGUUUUACAUAAUUUUGAUUUGGAAGAAAAUUUUGGCUACUCACCUUAUUACUUAAACACUGAGUAGUGUUAAAUCACUAAUGCAGUCACCCAGCAAGUUAUAAACCUGUCUAUUCUCAGAAAACCUGCCAAGUGAUGUUAGAAUUAUUAUUCAUUAUUCACUUAAACUCAAGUCAGUUUACGAUAUUUCUUCAUGUUUAUUCAUAACAUGGAAUUAAUUACUGAAAUCUAACUCUGUUACCCAAAAUAAUCCAGUUUGAUGAAAUUAUUGUUAAUUGAAAGAAAACCUGAAGUCAGCUUUCUUAAAUGAAGGUUUUCUUUUCAAUUUAACAAGUUAUCUUCUAUUUUUCUACCAGCUUAAAAAAGAAUCUCUCAACUCCCCCCCCCUUUCUGCUUUCACUACUCCAUUGUCUUCCUAUGUUAUUGCUUAUAUCUUAUUUGUGUGUGUGUUAUUUAUUUUGUUUCAUAAUUACUCUUGCAAUUAAAAUGAAUUCAAUGAUCAAAAAAUCAUUUUGUUUUGUAACUUUUGCAUAUUUUUUCUAUCUCUCUUUCUCUUUGUCCUAAAUGCUAAGACAUCGGCUUGCUCUGUAAGACAAGAAUAUUUAAUCCCACUCAAGUGAAUCAAGCUUCAUUCACCACCAAUAUUUUACAAGUGCAUUUGUGAGACACUGGCAUUUAUCAUCUCCUCCCACUCUUUACUGAAAUUGUUUCCCUUAAAUAAAAGCAAUAGGAUGGCAAACAAACUAUAAUAGGCUAGUCAUAGGCAAAGUGCAGCCUGCAGGACUUUCUGAAUAGAAUACCCAACAAAAAAAAAAAUUACCUUGAAAAUUUUUUUUUUAGUAGUGUGGCCCACCUAUUGAUGGGCCAUGUCUUAUGUGGCUCACUUCUCAAAAAUGUUUACCCACGCCUAGUAUAGACUGAUACAUAUGUGUUAAACAGAACUGGUAAAAGGUUAUCUAUCAUGAAUGCUAUAAUAUUCUGAAGCUGUGUCAAAAUUUCUUCAGUAACAGAUACAUUAAUGAUGGUUGCAUUUAAUAUUUAUUUUGAUUUUGUUGACUUUUUUUUUUUAUAUAUAUUUUUGUUUUAAAUUUCCCCCCCGUCAAUGAAAUUAUUGUUUGUUAUUAAACUAGCCAUCACUGAAUAACACAAUUUCAGUAACACUUUGUGGAAAGUAUUCCAGUUAACUUCUAAACUUUACAACAUCUCACUUUUAAAUUAUUGCCACCACCGAAAAUAUAUUUUGAGUUUAAUUUAUUUAUUUUUUUAGACAAUAUUUAUGUAUAUCUUAGAAAUAUCAAACGAUGGAGGAAAAAAAUGAUAAUGAAGGUUGAAGUUGGCUUUUAUGCUGCCAAACUAGAAUCAGCAGGAGACAGUCCAUCGCAAACAGUUUUGUAGUAAUUGCACCCUUUUAAUGUAGGUUCUUUUAUUGCAAUCAUGUAAAAAAAAAAAGAAAAAUGUUAAUGAGUUUAUUGUGUUUUCUCUCUUCAGUUGGUGAGGUCAAGUGUGUACAUUCAAUAAUAAAAUACACACAUUUUCAUUCAAACAGGCAAUCGCAUGUUUCAGUGUGUGUGGUCUGUCAGGUUUGGGUGUGUGCAUAUAUAUAUAUAUGUAGUGGUCUAUAUCAGCCUAUGUAUACAUUUAUAUAUGACCAGAAUAUAUAUAUAUAAAUUGGUCUGACCAGGUUCCUCAAUUGAAACUAAUAUUUUGUAGAAUAUAUAUACUGUAAUCAAAAUAUUACAAUAUAACCAUUUAAUUUCUGCACUUUCAGUUACAGAAAUAAAAUAUAAUUUUAGAAAAAAAAAAAAACAAUUGCUAUCAUUAUUAUUAUUAUCAUCAUCUUUUCGUGUAUCUAAUUAAAACUCUGCUGGAUUUAAUUGUCCAAAUAUGGUGAUUUUAGUUACUGAAUUUUAUUUUAAAAAAAUAAACCAUGUUUCCCUCACAGAUUUUUGCUAUUAAUCUUCAGAUGUAAGACAAUUGUGAUGUUACUAAAUUCGAUUAAAUGUAUACUUUUAUCCAAAAGAGAUGUUUAAAAAUAUGACCUCCGAGUCUUGUCUGCAUGGAGGAACUGAGGGUAUCUUUGUAAUUAUAUCAAAAACGAAACAAUCUACCUUGACAUUCAUGGUUUUUUUUCGUUUUGUUUUUUUUUGUUUGUUUUUUUAAGUUUGAUCAACUAUGCAAGUUGUUUACACUUAAAUAAUAAAAGAACUUACCUUUCA